AUAAUCGCAGCUGUAAAUAUUCUUUUCUCCAUCACGUCAUCUCUGGGCAACAUUCUGAUCCUGAUUGCCCUUCGUAAGGUACCGGUAACUUCUCUUCAUCCUCCAACUAAACUGUUGUUUCAAUGCCUGGCGAUCACUGAUCUGGCCGUUGGUCUUACUUCCCAGCCACUCUUCGCCUACCAGCUGCUAAAUGGUUUUAGAACUGUUGAAGUAAUUAUGGUCAGUAACGCUAUUCUCUCCAUUAUUUUUUGUGGAGUUUCGAUGCUCAUAUCGACUGCCCUCAGUGUGGACAGACUUCUCGCUCUCUUGUUGGGAUUAAGGUACAGACACGUUGUAACACUGAAGAGAGUUCGUAUAGCUGUUGCCGGUUGCUGGUUAACUGUUCUUGUAACUGCGUUGGUCAUAUUUUUAACCAGGGGAAAGAUCUUUCCGAGAAUAGUGAUAAUUUUAAUAAUGAUCUCUCUCAUGAGUAUCUCACUGUUUUCUUACACGAAAAUAGUUCUUAAACUUCGGCAACAUCAAACCAGUGUGCAAGAGAACGUGCACCAAGGAAUGGCGGCGAACGCAGGAGGAGUUCCAAUAAACUUAGAACAAUAUAAAAGGACUGUUAUAAGCAUAGCUUUGGUGCAGAUAGCAUUAGUCGCAUGCUAUGUACCAUUUUUUAUUAUUCUUAUAUUAGUACAGCUCAAUAGUAUUCCCAAUAACGUAUUUUUCCUACUCAGUUCAACCUUCGUUUACCUUAACUCGUCUUUAAACCCGUUUUUGUACUGUUGGAGGAUCAAAGAAGUUAGACAAGCAGUAUUGGGUACAAUCAAAAGGUUUUGCUCAUGUCCAAGUUGA